AUGGCAGAAGAUAAAGUGAGUAAUUGUGUUGAAGGUGAUGACAAUGAAAGUCAGAAGGAGGAGAGGGCAAAGUGGGACAAUAAAUUGCAAUAUGUGCUGAGCUGCACUGGAUUCGCAGUGGGUCUGGGAAAUGUGUGGAGAUUCCCAUACCUGUGCCAGACCUACGGAGGUGGAACCUUUUUAAUUCCUUAUAUUAUUGCGCUAAUCCUUGAGGGAAUUCCAUUGCUUCACCUUGAGUUAGCAAUUGGUCAGCGGCUCCAGAGGAGUAGUAUUGGUGUCUGGAUGUCCAUUUCCCCCUAUCUGGGAGGCGUGGGCAUUGCUGCCAUGCUCACAUCCUUCCUGGAAGGUCUGUACUAUAACACACUCCUUGCGUGGACACUCUGGUACUUUUUUAAUUCAUUUGAGGAACCACUACCCUGGAAAUAUUGUCCUUUAAACAACAAUCAAACAGGGUUUAUUAAAGAGUGUGAAAAGAGUACUUCUGUAGAUUACUUCUGGUACAGAGAGACCUUGAAUAUCAGUCCUGGUAUUAACACCAAUGGAGGUGGCCUGCAAUGGUGGCUGGUUUUGUGCCUUAUUGGCGCUUGGUUAGUUGUGUACAUUUGCAUUAUAAGAGGGAUUGAAAGCUUUGGAAAAGCUGUUUACUUCACUGCAACGUUCCCUUACCUUGUACUAGUCAUUCUCAUGAUACGUGGAUUAACGCUGCCUGGGGCCAUCGAUGGUUUGAUCUACCUAAUUAUUCCAGAUUUGACUGUGUUGAGCCAACCGAGAGUGUGGUUAGAUGCUGCGACCCAGAUCUUUUUCUCAUUGUCUUUGGGUAAUGGAGGACUAAUUGCAUUGUCCAGCUAUAACUCACUGAAGAAUGACUGUGAGGUGGAUGCUGUGUCAGUAGCUGUUAUUAACAGCUUUACUUCUAUCUUUGCCUCCAUCCCCAUCUUCGCCAUACUUGGAUUUAAAGCAACUAUGGGGUAUAGAGAUUGCUUAAACCACAAUAUAUUACUUAUAUCAAAUGAAUUUGAUAUACAAGAUGGAAAUAUUACAAGAGAAAAUUAUAUUAAUUGGUUAAAUGAUCUGAAUGCUACCCAUGAUGAACAAAUCCUGUCUCUCAGUUUGAAGAAUUGUGACCUACAGAACUUUCUGAAUCAGGGUGCCUCAGGUACUGGACUGGCAUUCCUUGCUUUCACUGAAGCCAUUAUCAGAAUGCCUGCCCCUCAGGUAUGGGCUGUCCUGUUCUUCAUCAUGCUCUUCACUCUGGGUCUGUCAUCAAUGUUUGGCAUCAUGGAGGGCAUUCUUGCUUCCUUGUUGGAUCUGAAGGUGUUUCCAAAGUAUGUUCCCAAAGAGAUGAUUACAGCCAUAGUAUGCCUGGUGUCCUUUUUGAUUGCACUUAUUUUUACCACCGCAUCUGGGAAUUACUGGCUGGCGAUUUUUGACAAAUAUGGAUCCGCUAUACCUCUUUUGAUCAUAGCCUUCUUUGAGCUCGUCGGAGUUAUUUAUGUAUAUGGCAUGCCCAAAUUCUGCGAGGAUUUGGAAUUAAUGACUGGUCGAAGACCCAAUUGUUACUGGCAUAUAACCUGGAGGUUUAUUAGCCCUGUCCUGUUGUUCUCCAUCUUUGUGGCAUACCUUGUUGUUGAAUUGCAGCAUCAAUUAUCCUAUGAGGCAUGGAAUCCUGACUACGCGGAGUUCCCUAAGAAAGAAGAGAAGAAAUAUGCAGGCUGGGUAAUCUUCAUGUGUGUUUUCCUGAGCAUAUUGCCAACAAUGUUUAUCCCACUUACAGCUCUGUAUCAGUUGAUCAGAUCUAAAUGUGGAAUCUGCCAAAGAGGAAAUCCGACAGACAAUGCAGCUUUAGAGCUGUAAAGAAUUCCAUCCGCCGUAGA